AUGCCAGGCAGCAAAAUUCUCGUUCUCGGAGGCACGGGGCCGGCGGGCAUUUGUCUGCUUCGGGAACUCAUUUUUCGAAACUAUGAGACCGUGGUCUUUGCGAGGAACCCUACGAAGAUCCCUCACGACUUGGUCUCAAACCCACUUAUCCAGAAGUUCAAGGUUGUAAAGGGUGAGAUGAGCGAUUCUGGUGCCUUGUCUUCUGCAAUGGCAGAGAGCACUAUUGUCAUUUCGCUUUUGGGGCCCGACAUCAAGAAUACGAAGAUCGAUCCGUCGCUCUUUGCAGAUAUCUACCGCUCAUCUGUCUUCCCUUCAAUGAGAAAGCAUGGAGUGAAGCGAAUUUUCGCCAUGGGGACAUUGUCCAUCAAACGACCCGAAGACCAUUGGACCAUGUUUCAAACGAUGGUCACUGUUUUCAUGUGGCUUUUUGCAGGCCCGAUCUACAAUAACGUGUUGAAUCUUGCGAAGUUGUUUGAGACCGAGGCCGAGGGUUUGGACUGGACGCUCUUUCGGAUCGCUCAAAUUCCCGGCGAGUCGGCUGCCGAGAGCUGGGACAAAGAUAGACAGGAGAAACUCUUCACCGGUUGGAUCGGAGAGUCCGGAUGGACAUCUUCGAUGAAAAGAGGGGCCUUGGCAAAGUGGCUUGUUGAUGCUGCGGAAGGCAAGGCGGACGAAUGGAAAGGGAAGAUGCCAGCGCUUAGCUCUUCCGUUGCCAAGUAA